AUGGAGUAUCCUCAACAAGAGAAUCCCAACACAGGAGUAUCCUCAACAAGUGAAUCCUACAUAGGAGUAUCCUCAACAAUUAAAUCCACACAGGAGUAUCCUCAACAAGAGUAUCCUCCACAAGUUAAUCCUACACAGGAUAUCCUAAAACAAGUGAAACCUACACAGGAAUAUUCUCAACAAGUUAAUCCUACACAGGAGUAUCCUCAACUAGUGAAUUCUACACAGGAGUAUCCUCAACAAUUAAAUCCUACACAGGAGGAGUAUCCUCAACAAGAGAAUACUACACAGGAGUAUCCUCAACAAUUAAUCCUACACAGGAAGAAUCCUACACAUCAGUAUCCUCAACAAUUAAAUCCCACACAGGAGUAUCCUCAACAAGAGAAUCCUACACAGGAGUAUCCUCAACAAUUAAAUUGUACCCAGGAGUAUCCUCAACAACAGAUUCCUACACAUGAGUAUCCUCAACAAGUAAAUCCUACACAAGAAUAUCCUAAACAAGUGUAUCCUGAACAGGAAUAUCCUCAACAAGUUUAUCCUACACAGGAAUAUCCUAAACAAGUUUAUCCUACAUAG